AUGAACAAUAAAAACACCCAUAAUAAUUUAGAUAAUAGUUCAGAUAAUAAUAAUAUUAAUAAUAAUACUAAUAAUAAUAAUAAUAAUAAUGCAAACAAUAAAAUAAAUUAUAAAAAUAAAGAUAAUAAAAAGGUGGGAUUAGGCAAAAUCCACUCCCACUUAAAUAUAAAUAUAUCACCAGAGUUAUCAAAGCUCAUAGUAUCAACUGAAGAAAGGAAAUCACCACUUCAACAACAACAACAACAGUUAUUUGAUAAAAAUGAUGAUAAUAGUAAUUUAGAAAUAUCUUCAUCAACUUCAUCAACUCCUUCAAUUACACCAAAUCAAAAACAACAACAACAACAAUCGACCUCUAAUACAACUACCACCACUACUACAACUACAUCAACAUCAUCUUCUUCGAAUUAUGGUUAUGGUUAUAACAGUAAUGAUGAUGAUGAUGAUAAUAAUAAUAGUAAUAAUAAUAGCAACAGUAAUAACGAAAAUACUAGAUAUGAUAAUAAUAAUAGUUUAAGAUCAUCAUUAGUAACAUCAUCAACAUCUACAUUCACAUCAGCUUCUUCAUCGUCAUAUUAUUACUCUGGAUCUGAAACUGGUUAUUAUAAUCCUCAAAAUUUAUAUCUAGAACAUGUUUUGAAUGAUUUUAAUCAACAUCAUCAACAACAACAACAACAACAACAUAAUAGUAGUAUUAAUACAACAUCAGCAACAAUUAAUAGUAAUAAUAUAAAUAAACACAAUUUUACCUUACAUAUAAAUAAUAAUAGUAAUAAUAAUAGUAAUAAUAAUAAUAAUAAUAAUAUUAAUAUUAAUAAUAUUAAUAAUAAUAUUAAUAUUAAUAAACAAAAUAAUCAAAUACCAUUUAAAAAUGAUAUAGUUGAUUUUAAUAAUAGUGAACAAUUUGGAUGUCCAAUUGAUUGGAACGGAUAUUUUCAAAAAUUAUUAUUAUUACCAGAAGAGGAUUUAGAUGAAAAAUAUGAAAAGUAUAAAUCAUUAUCAGCAUUAAGUAAAGAUUUCAUUCAUACAGCCAUCACCUAUGGUAAAAUAAUCAUUGAAGAAGCAUUUAUAGAUAAUAAAUUUAAAACCAUUAGACCGGUCAAAAUCGGUGGAAAGGCGGGUGGUGAGAAAUAUGCAUACAAUGGUGUACUAUUUAAGUUUGCUCAAGAUUGGGUGAAAAUCUAUUCAUCAGAUGAAUUCUCAAUGAAAUCAGCAAAUCAUGAAUUAAAGAGUGUUAUGCGUUAUUUUGGUUGUGAUGGUUUACAUGUACCUUUGAUGGCAUUAUUAGAUUAUCGUGGUUUUCGGUUAGUAGCAAUCUCAUUCUUACCAAUCUCAAGAAAGAAUGAAACCAUCGUUUAUGGUUCCUAUAAUGCUGGUCAAACCGUUUAUGCUUCGAAUGAAGAUUUUAAUCAUAAAAUGAAAUUAGCUGCUAAAAAAUUAAAUAUCAAAGGUCAUGAAGCUGGCAUUGAUGAUUCAAAAUUUCUUUAUGGCCCUGCUGAUAUUGAAGGUCAUAUAGGUUUAGAUGGUUUAUUUUAUGUUUUAGAUUUUGCAAGAGUUUAUCCACCAACAAUUGAUUCAAUUUUAAAAACAACAAAUAAUAAUAAUAAUAAUAAUAAUAAUAAUAAUAAUAAUAAUAAUAAUAAUAAUAAUAAUAAUAAUAAUAAUAAUAAUAAUAAUAAUAAUAAUAAUAAUAAUAAUAAUAAUAAUAAUAAUAAUAAUAAUAAUAGUAAUAAUAAUAAUAAUAAUUUAAAUAAUAGUAGUAAUAAUAAUAAAGUUAAUUUAAAAAGUGGAAUAUCAAAUUGUAAACCAAAUGGUGAAGCAUAUCUUUAUAAAUUAUUUAGACCAGAAUUUGUACAAAAUUAUCAUAUACCAUUAAGUAGUGAUGCAUUUUCACCAUUCUCUGUAAAAGAUUCAAAAUCAAUGCAAGAGAAUAAUGAUGAAGUUAGAGAGGCAUCAAAUUAUUUAUUUUAUACUUUAAUUCCUAAAAUUUCGAAAUGGAUUGAUAGUAAUGCUUCAAAUAUUGAUUGGCAUUCAAGAUUAACUGAAAUUAUUCAUAGAGAAGGUAUAAAUGUGCGUUAUCUUGGUUUAAUACGUCAAAAUAUUUUAAAAUAUCAAGAAUGUAAUAGUAAUAAUAAUAUAAAUUAUAGCAACAAUACAAUUAAUUUAAGUAAUAAUAGUAGCAGUAGUAGUUUUAAUUUAUAUAAUAGUAAUAGUAAUAGUAAUAACAAUAAUAAUAAUAAUAAUAAUUUAAAUAGUAAUAAUAAUGAUUAUAAUAAAUUAUCAAAUAUUUUAUUAUCAGAAAUUAUAGCAAGAGUACUUAAAAAUAUUUUACGUGAUGAAUUACGUGAAAAAAUGAAAACACUUCAUUCUUUAGAAGCUAAUCCAUAUAUUCAAGUUGUUAUAAAUUUUUUUAAUAUAAUUUUAGGUGAUCCAAUUGAAAGUCAUAAAUUAUUAUGGACAAAUAUUAAAAAAGAAAUUGAAAAUAGAUUUGAAAAUACAUUAACAGAAUUUGAAAAAGAUAGUAAAUAUCAAUUAAUUGAAUCAAUUAAUUUGUAUCAUGUAAUAUUUAGAAUUCAACAAAUGACAGGCAUAAAAUUGGGUGAAGCAUCAAUGAUUGAAUUUAAAAAGGAUCCAAGAUCAUUUAGAGUGGUUUUAUCGGAUAUAAUUAGUAUGGAUGUUAGAGUUAAACAUAUGAAUAUCAUUAGUUUGGCAGAAGGUAAUGCCCUAUCAUUGCAAUGCAUGAAAUUGGGUGGUAAAGAACCACCAGUUGGCUCUGAAAGAUUGUUUAAAUUGGCAAGUAAUAAAUUUGAAGAAGCAAUUAGGUCAACACCAGAUAAUAAAGAUAUACUAAAUGAAUAUGCAACAGUGUUGAAACAAUUAUCAAUGUCUGUUGGUAGAAAUAAUUGUUUAAUGUAUUUAGAGAAAUCUUAUUCAAAUUUCAUACUAUCUCAAAAUCAUAUUGGUUUAAUGGAAUUAGGUGACCUACUAAUGAAUCUAUAUUGUUCAGGUUUUAAUUCUGAUCAAGAUAAAAAUAAUGACCUUUGGUCAAUUAAAGAUUCUUUAUCAAUUUUAUCAGAAAAAUGUUAUUCUUCAAUUUCAUAUUGGGGUUUAAUUAAUUUAAAUUCAACUUUAUUAAAUUUUAAUCAAAAUUACAAUAAUAAUAAUUUUAAUAAUAAUAAUAAUAAUAAUAAUAAUAAUAAUAAUAAUAAUAAUAAUAAUAAUAAUAAUAAUAAUAAUAGUAGUAGUGGUGGUGGUAAUAUUACAAAUUCAAUGUCAUCAACAUCAUUAUAUUCAUCAUUAUUAUCAAUCGAUGUUGCAUCAAGAAAAUUUCAAAUUUCAAAUAGUGUUAGAUGUUUAGCUUUUUUAAAAUUAGGUAAUUUAAUUUUACAAAUUUCUCAACAAAAGAAAUCAAUUCAAUUAUUUGAAGAAUCUGGUAAAUAUUUUAGAGAAGCUUUUAAUUUAGUUUUAUCAACUUAUAAUAAUAAUAAUAAUCAAUUAAAUAAUAAUAAUAAUAAUAAUAAAAAUAAUAAUAAUAAUAAUAAUAAUAAUAAUAAUAAUAAUAAUAAUAAUAAUAAUAAUAAUAAUAAUAAUAAUAAUAAUAAUAAUAAUAAUAAUAAUAAUAAUAAUAGUAGUAGUAAUAAUAAUAAUAAUGAUAAUGAUAAUGAUGAUAAUACAAACGAUAAUAAUAAAGAAUAUUUUGGUGAAAAUGAAAAAGUAGAAGAUGAAAUUAAUGAAAAUAAUGAAAAAGAAAUUGAUGAUGAAGAUAAAAUUAAUUUACAAAGAAAAUUACCAAAUAUUCCAACAGAUAUUUUAUAUAAAUCAAAUAUUCAUAUUGCAAUUUGGUCAUUAUUAUUUUUAGAUUUUAAUAAUCAAAUAAUGACAACGACAAAUUCAAUAGAAUUUCCAAAGAUUAAAACAAAUUUAUCAAAAAUUUCAAAUAAAAUUAUAAAUGUUGGUAAUAAUGAUAUUAUGGAUUUUGAAUUUAUAGAAUUUUUAUCAAGAUAUUUAAUAAAGAGUGAAUCUAUUUCAAUGAUAAAAUCAAUAGUAUUAAGAAAAUAUCAAUUUAAUAGUUUUGGUUAUAAUUCAAUAUUACCAUCACCAAUUGCUUUAGUUAAAAGUUUAACUUCAUUUAUAAAUUUAACAAAAUUUGAUAUUUCAUAUUCAUUUUCAAAAUCAAUUGAUAAUAGUAAUAAUAAUAGUAGUAAUAAUAAUAAUAAUAAUUUAAAUAAUAAUAAUAAUAAUAAUAAUAAUAAUUAUUAUUAUAAUAAUUCAAUUAAUGAAGAUAUAUUUUGUAAUAUAGUGUCACAAUUAAAAAGAUUAAAAAGUGUAAAUAUUUCAAAUACAAAUAUUCAAAUUAAAGGUAUAAUUUGUUUAUUUACAAAUUGUAAAGAAUUAUUAAGAUUAAAAGCAAGACGUUGUAGAAUUUUUGCAAAUGAAUUUGAACAUCUAUUAAUUCUACCAUUCCUUAAACAAAAGAUAUUAUUUACAAAUUUUCUUUGUUUGAAUUUAUCAUGUACUGAAAUUACAACCAUCCAAUCCAUUUCAAAAAUAUUUCCAAAUUUAAAACAUUUAAAACUUUCACAUUGUCAAAGAAUUCAUAGCUAUGAAUUACAAUUAUUUACUGAUAAUUUAGGUUAUUUUUAUAAUUCAAAUAAUGGUAGAAAUUUAAUUAAUAAUAAUAAUAAUAAUAAUAAUAAUAAUAAUAAUAAUAAUUCAAAUAAUAAUGUUAUAGUACCAAUUAAUGGUAAAUUAGAAAAGAUUAAAUUAUCAGGAUGCACAGAUUUAAAUGAUGAAUCAAUUGGUAAAUUAUUAAAGAAAACUAUAAUGACAUUGAAAUCAUUUACAUUGUGUACUAGUAAGAUAUCACAUUCACCAUUAAUAAAUUAUUUGAAAUUAAUAGAGAAUCAAAAACAUCAACAACAAUUAGGUUUACCAUCAAGAGUUAUCAUUGAACAUUUAGAUUUAUCAAAUUGUAAAAUUAAAUUAAUAUCAAGUUCAUCACAAUCAAUUUUAAAACCAUUUCAAUUAGAUCAACCAAUACCAUUAUCAGUUUUCUCUUCAAGUAUAAAAUAUUUAAAUUUAUCUCAUACUGGUUUACCAAAAGAAAAUGUACCAAUUUUAUUAAGUUAUUGUUUAAAUUUAGAAAUUUUAUUAUUUAAUUAUAAUGAACAAGAAUUUAAUAUAAUUAGUAGUGGUGGUGGUGGUGGUAGUAGUAGUUUAUCAAAUAGUGGUGGUAUAAUUAAUAAUAAUAAUUCAAAUAAUAAUAAUUUUAAAAUUUUAUUAAAUUCAUUAAAAUUAAUUAGAAUUGAAUUAAAUGGUUCAACAUUUUCAAGUUUAUUUUUUAAAGAAAUUAUAUCAAAAUCAAGUUUAACUUUAAAACAUAUUGGAGUUAGUGGUUGUGCAGGUAUUGAUUUUAGUUUCUUUGAAACUUUAUGUAAUAAAACAAAGAUUACUACAAGAUUAGAAUCAUUGGAUAUCUCUUAUUGUAAAUUAAUUAAUGAUGUUACAACCGAACUAUUUAUACCAAAUUGUAAAAUGUUAAAAUCUUUACAAUUAUCAGGUUGUAAUUUAAUUACAGAUACAACAGUACAUUGUAUAGCAAUGAAUUUACAUCAUUUGGUUCAUUUAUCAUUAGAUAAAUGUCAAUUAAUUCAUUCACUAAUUUCAAUUAAUUCAAUAAGUUGUCCAAAUUUAAAAUUUGUAGAUUUAUCUUUUUCAGAGAAUAUUUCUGAUCAAUCUUGUCAAAUCAUUUUAGAAUUGGUUCAUUUGAAAGCUUUGAACCUAUAUGGUUGUAAAAAAGUUACUGAUGAAACUUUAAGAAAAUGUAAUAAUUCUCAAUCAUUACGUUUCUUAACUUUAGGUUUAAAUAAAACUUCAAAUACUGCAAUUGAGAAAUUAAAAUUUGAAAAUCAAUCUUUAAAUAUAAUUUUAUCUGCUGGUAUUUCUUCAUCAUCUUUAUCAUCUUUUAAUUCUUCUUCUUCAUCUUCAUUUUUAUCACCAUUAAAAUUAUCAAAUUCAAAUUCUGAUUUUACAAAUAAUAAUAAUAAUAAUAAUUAUAAUAGUUUAUUACAUUCACAAAAUGUACCACCGCCACCAUUACCAUUAUCAUCAUUAACUUCAUCUUCAUCAUCUUCAUCAUCUUUUUCUUCAUCAUCAUUACCAAGUACACCAAUACCAAUAGUUCAAACAAUUGUACCAACAAUUGUACCAAUAACAAUAACAACACCGACAGCAACUAAAAUUUCACCAAAUACAACAAUCAUUCAACAACAACCAAUUCAACAACAACCAAUUCAACAACAAAAAGAAGAAAAAGAAAUUAUAAUACCAAUAACAACUAUGAAAUCUUUAAUGACAGAUUUAAAGAAUUUAACAAAAGAUCCAAUACAAUUUGCAAAUGCACAACCAUUAGAUAAUGAUUUAUUAACAUGGCAUGCAAAUAUUGUUGCACCAGAUGGAUCACCUUAUGAGGGUGCAGUAUUUCAUAUUGAAUUAAAGUUUCCUCCAAAUUAUCCUGCAGCUGGACCAAGUGGUGUUUCAUUGACUCCAUUACCACAUCCACAUAUUCAUGAUGGUGGUAGAAUUUGUUUGGAUAUCUUAAGUGAUUUUCAAACUUAUUUUCAAGGUCAACAAGGUUUAUCAAGUACAGGUUGGUCAUCAGCUUAUACCGUUCAUACGAUUCUAUUACAAAUGCAAACAUUUUUAGUAUCAUUAGAAAGUGAUGAAGAUUAUCCAAUUCAAGAAUAUCUUCAAAAAAUUCCAAAUGCAAUUCAAUUUUCAAAAUAUUUUAAAUGUUCAACUUGUGGUCAUACUUCAUUUGAUCCAUUUCCAACUAUUAAAGGUUAUAUACCACCAGAAUUAACUGAACAAGAUAUUAUAAAUUUCAAUAACCAAAACAAUAAUAAUAAUAAUAAUAAUCAAAAUUUUCCAUUAUCACCAUCACCAUCAACAGUUUCAAUUUCACAUUAUCAACAUCAUAAUGAUCAUCAUAAUCAUCAAGAACAACAACAACAACAACAAGAAAUUGUUCAAGAUAAAUCAUUAAUAAAUACAACAAUAACAACAACAACUACAACAACAACUAAUACAAAUUCAAAUUUAUUAUCAUCAUCAUCAUCAUCACCACCAACAAUAAUAAUUAAUAAUAAUGAAUAUAAUGAAAAAUUAAAAGAGGAAAUUGAAAAAGAUUAUAUUAAAUCAAUUAAACAAGAAUUAUUUUGUUUUCAUACAAGAGUAUCAUAUGAAGAGGAUACAUUAGGUAUUGGUAUAUCAAUUGUUGAUAAGAAAGGUAAAAUCGAUGAAAUUAAAUGUUCAUUCGAUUUAUUAUCAUUGACAGCAUUUAAUCAAGGUGUUAGAAAUUCAAUUCUAAAGGAACAAUUCACUCAUUGGUUACCAUUGUAUUUGAAUCAACAACAUGGUGAAACCGCUUGGAAAUGUUUAGAGUCUGCAAUCGUAGAUAUAUUACAUAGUAAGAAAUUCUCACCAGAUUUAGCUUCACAAUUCCUUUGCAUCGCUAUGAAUUCAAUUUGUGUUCAAAUGAUGAAGGGUGCAGUUCAUGCUUCCAUUAGACUACUAGAAGGUUAUUGCUCAUUUCAUCAAUUGUUUGUUCAAUUGGUUAAACGUUAUCCUGAUCUAUUGGCUGAAAUUAAUAAGAAAAUCUAUAAUUUCAUCUAUAUACCAGAACAUAGAACUAAAAAAUUAACAAGUGCAUUGGGUGAAUUCUUACCGCUAUUAACAGUUUCAGAUUACUCUUGGGAAGAUGUUUCAAGGGUUUAUAUCGAUGAAAAUUUCGAUAGAAAUGUAUUUUGGGUUUUACGUCGUCAUCCUGAAUUUGGAAUAACUGAACCAAAUCCAAUCAUAGAUAGUAAUAGACCAAGUUGUACUUUUGAUGUCACUCAAGUCUCAAUUCGUUUGUUAAUGUUUCAUGUUUAUUUCUUAAAGAAUGUCGCUAGACCCAAUGGUGCAAGCUUAGAAACUAUUUCACAAUCUUAUGAUAGAUUAAUGGGUAGACCUCCAACUCAUGUUCGUGAUAAUCUUCAAAAAGAAGUUAAAGAAAUUAUGAGAAUUACAACUUGGUCUCAAUUCUUUAAUAAAAUUGGUAUACCACCACCUGAUGAAAUUGGUCUAAUUGAAUGGUUACGUAAAUCUGUUGUAAAUAGUUUUGAAAAAAAGUAUCAUUUUAAAAUUCAAAAAUCAAAAUUAAUGGAAACUUAUGAAUUACAACAACAGCAACAACUACAACAACAACAACAACAGCAACAAGAACAAUUAAAGUAUCCUCAACAACAAACUCAACUUCAACAAUUAUCAUUACAACUUCAAAAACAACAACAACAACAACUUCAACAACAGCAAUAUCAUCAAAAUACAUUUAGUACAACAAUUGUUCAUAAUCAAUUUGAACCUUUAUCAAAUUCAACUUCCUCAACUCCAAAUCGUUCACCAACUUUAGAUAAAAAUAAUAAAAGAAAUAGAAAUAAUAAUAAUGAUAAUAAAAAUAAUAAUGAAGAUGAUGAAGAUGAAAUUGAUUUUACAGGAUUUAAUUUAUUAUUAUCACCAGAAUCACACCUCACUUCACCAAUUUUACAAUCACCCUCUUCACCUUUCCCUUCAAGAUUAGUUUGGAGUUAUAAUUCUCAAUUACCAAAGAUUGAUUCUAUGUCACUUAAUGAAAAUGAUCAAUCUUUAUUCCCACCUUUACCUUCUAAACCAAUUAAUAAUAAAAGAGUUAUAACAACAUCACUUCCACAACCACCUUCAACAAAUUAUAAUAAUAUUAAUAAUAAUAAUAAUAAUAAUAAUAAUAAUAAUAAUAAUAAUAAUAAUAAUAAUAAUAAUAAUAAUAAUAAAGCACCAUAUGGAAACAAUAAUAAUAAUAACUAUAAUAAUAAUAAAGCACCAUAUGGAAAUAAUAAUAAUAAUAAUUAUAAUAAUAGAGUAAGAGUUUGUAAUUUCUUUUUAAAUGAUAAAUGGUGUCGUUAUGGUGCAAAUUGUAAAAUGUCUCAUGAUGAAGGUGAAAAAGAGAGAAUCUUAAAAAAAAAUAAUAAAAAACAAUAA